UUGAUAGCGGGGCUAAUGGCGCUGCUGUAUGGUGCACGGUGCCAGGAACACUCACUAGACCUGCCGCGUCACCAUAACGUCGACGAAGAAUUGAAACUACCUGACUUUGACUUCGAUCAACCCUCAGCGCCUUUGCAACCUGAUUUUGCCCUGAGUAACAACACGUCACUUAACGUAACAUAUAGUGAGUUAGAGCGUGGGACUAAUGAAACUAGCAACGCCACCAACCCCAACCCCACGCUGUCACUCCCUGCUGUUAUCGACACAAAGAAAAAAGCAGACAUAGAACUGUCAAGCUCAGCGGAUAGCGAGGCGACUGUUGAUGUCACUUCAAAAUCAGUGGUGCAAGUGUUUACUGAUGAAGAUGAAGACAAGGAAGCGUGCAUCGACUGGUGCCUAAGCGAUGCCGGCGAAUUUGUAUGCUGUACUUCCAACUUGCAGUGAGGCGAGGUAUGGCAAUAAAGCCUCUGAAUGUCA